AUGUUAAAAGUUCUGCAACGUGUAUCUCUUGAAUUUGCGAAUCAAUCACAGGACUCCUUGAAUCUCUUACAAGGCUUCGGUCGCCGUGAAUUUUCGGUUCGCUCUGAAUGGGCUCAGUCAGUUCAGCGAGUCAUUGAUUCCUGGUACUAUGGUUUCGGCAGUCCCGCCGUGGCGGGGUUCCUUGAAUCCUAUGCACAAGAUCGCAAUGGCAACACAGUAGAUACCUCGAUGCACCACAAUAUUAGGGCGCAAAUUCCAGAUCUUGCCCGUACCAUUCAGACUUGUCCUCUUCAGGAUGUACGCAUUGCCUGUCAGAGUAUUCUUGAGGACAUAAAAAAAAAGAAGCACUUCACCAUCGACGUGCCUCUUCAGCCCUCUCCCUCUUUUUGCUUUUCCGUGGAGGAUCUACCUCACCUUCGAUGCCUAUUUGAACAGCCGGUUGAAGAUGACCCACUAUUCACUAAUUACGUUCUGUUCUGCGAAUAUUGGUAUCGUUGGUCUCGCCUGGAUAACUUCAUUCAGGUCCUUGGUUGCCACCCGGAAUUUCUGGAGCCUUUCAUGAAGGUUCAUCAAUGUCUCCUUACUGGGGACCUUUCUCUUCCGUACCCGGUCAGAUAUUAUUUAGCCAUUUUGGCUGCAGCGGAGCUGCGUUGUCCUCAACUCGUGUGCUUGUUUGUGCGUUACUUUCUGCAUGCGGGAGGGAACGCAGCCUGGUUGCAGGGUCUUUCUGAAGGCCCUUCUCGGUGGCUUCAACUGAGUGAACUCAACCACAAUCUUGCUCAUUCACCCUGGAAGAUUUCCGCGGACCACAUUCAUCGCCUGACCCGCGGUGACGAAGGUGUACGAGGCGACAAACUUUCGCUCUCUGAAUUGAUGCAUGCAGUUGCCAUAAUGACUCAUGUGCAUUCCCUAGCAUGUUUCAUAUUUGGUGCCGCCGUUCGACCUGAGCUGGAGCACAUAAAUUUCACAGCCUCGCCCUCCCCAUGCUCCACUCAGCCUCUUGCGCUUGCUGUGUCUCAAGGUGCUGUCAGCGCCAGCCUUACGCCCACAGGCGAUGAACAGGUGCACAAGGAACGCCAAGUCCAGGCCUCGGAGCAGCUUCUCAAUCUGCUUCAGUCGGAAGCCUCCGGUGAAUGGGACAAUCAUAAUGAAGACGAUGAGCUCACAGAAAUCUUCCAGUCGUAUGCUAAGUCCAACUCCGAGCUAACCCUCCCCAGCGUUUACGCAUCAGUUGACGUGCCGGACGGCUUCUCAAUGAGCAGACAUCCGGUUGUCGAGAAGUUCCUCGGUUCUCCCGAAAACGCCUUCGUAGAUUUCUCGGGUAUCCCAUUGUUGGUCUCGGAGUUUUCGUGGAUGGAGGAGGGAUGUCCUCUGGUGGAUCAUCUGGCAAGCACCCUGGGGACACUUCUUGAUGAUACGUUUCAAAAUGCAUUUGACCUUACUUACAACACGUUGAAUGAAUACAAUGACGUCAAUACUUCAUGUUUCCGCCACACACUCUGGUUCUUCGUGCAAAGUCUGUUUGGUGUUUGCCACGAGGACCUUCGUUUUGACCGCGUAGUCAAAUUGCUAUCCAUAGAACAGCGUUCUUUCAUUAAGAGCUGUGCCACACGUCCCUUCGACCUUGUUGCUUAUGAGCCCACCGCGUGUCGUACUAUCUUCGCAGCGCUCAGCCCCUCUGAAGUCGUCCAUAUCUUAAUAAUGAUCAUGGAAUCACGACAACAGGCCUGUCUUUCCUACGCCUUACGUGCAAUUUCACAGUGCCAAACGCGCCGAUGA